CACUUCGUCGAAAGAGCAAAAGCCAAACCCCCUCGUCUUCUCCCUUGCUUGCUCGACUCUCAUGGCCCCGAAACGCAAGAAGUGCCCAACUCCUCCGCACGAAUCACCGCAGACGGACGCUUCCUCCGGCGAAGAGUCGCGCACCGAACCCGUGCCCCCGAGAGCCGAAGCGCAACGGAAAGUGGACGAGGAAGUUGAGGAGGAUGCCGAGGGAGGCAGCGAUGAAUCCUCCGAAGAGUCGGAGCCUCGGUCUGGAUCGGAAGAUGGGACCCGCGCUGCCAUGCGCGUCGACGCGGCCGAGGAGGGCACGGCGGUGAGGAGGCGGUCGGCCGGAAAUCGACGGUUGGAAGAGCAGCCGGGGAAGAGGGCGAGGAAGGACGGCGACGCCGAAGAGGAGGAGGAAGAAGAUGAACCGUCCGGGGCGGCCGAGUCCCGCGGUGAAGCGGCGAAGCACGAAACCCUAAAGCCCUCGCGACCGAAGAAGCUCUCUCUGGACCCGGACCCCGAAGACGAGACCCGCACCGUCAAGGCCGUCGCCGCCGGCGAGGAGGUCGCGCCGGCGGCGGAGAAUAAGCCGGCGGCCGGAUCUCAACAGUUGGAGAAGCGGCCGGCGAAGAGGGCGAGGAAGGGCAGCGACGCUAACGAGGAGGGGGCUGGGGCAGCGGCGCAGCACACCGGAGAGGUGUCGGGGAGGUUUCAGCGCAUAUGGAGUGAGAAAGAUGAGAUCAAGCUCCUCCGAGGUAUGAUCAAGUUUCGCAAAAAGAAGAAGUUAGAGCCCUCGACAAACGUCGGCAUAUUCCAAGAUUUCCUCGACAAGAGAUCGGUACGGUUCGACUUCUCUCCCGACGAAUCGCAGCUCCUCAACAAGAUAAGGAAAAUGAAAGUCAAGUUCGUGAAUGGAUGCAAGACCGGGCGUGUUUGGAAGAAGCCCCAUGAUCAGAUGGUUGCUGAGCUUUCCCGUGUCCUCUGGGGCGGUGGGGAAGUGCACUUGUCUUUGAAGAAGAGUACGACUCCGGAAAGUGCCGGCAAGAUUGCUACUGCUGCUGCUGCUCCGUCGAAGCCGCCGGAGGUGUUUGAGGACGGCGAUUGGGCCGGCGAAUCUUCUCUGUUGGAGCUGACCAGCAUGGGGCUGGGCAAGGAAGUUUUGAGGAUCGGUAUGGGGAUGAUCGACCGGUCGGAGAUGGAGGAAUUGAAGGAGAGGUGGCAGCAACUGCGCAUGUCCGAGCUACAGGUCGCCAACGAUAGGGCGGCGCUCGUGAAUCACCAGGCAAGGUUGUUCAUGGAUCGCUAUCGUCGAGCGAAGCAGCGGCAGGUAUAGGAGGGAGGCGAUUGCGAUCCUCAGGUUGUUUUAUGAUUAUGCUUUCUUUUUGUCUCGAUCUUUUUACCUUGCAAAGCCGCUCAUGUGUUGGUUUCUUGGUUGUUCGAAGCCAGAAAAAGUUAGGAAUGGGCGUCCAAAAAUCGAGUUAGAGUUCUUCAUUUGUCAAAUUGUUCCGAGUCUCUCAGGUGCAUUGGGCUUUUUGCUGCUCUUCAUGGGUGCUUUUGUAUGAAUGCUAAAAAUAGGAAUUCAAUUUCUAAAUGUGCUGAAUUAUAUUGGAUGUAGAGGGUGAAUUUGUCUAUC